UGGAUGCCCACAGGCUUUCGGUGCAAAGCGUACACGGCAAGCCGAGGCGGAGAGAAAGAAAGGGGGAAGCCGCCGAGCGAGCGAGAACGUCGCCUGAGAGAUGACACCAGCCGCAACGGGCGCCGACACCGUCUUCGUUAGCCCGAGCGAGCAGAGCAGGACCAGGAGCCAGGACAAGCAGCAGCAGCCGUCCGUCCCGUCGUCCUACGCCGGCUGGGAGAAGGAGAGGUAAAUCGAAUCGAAUCCACAUAUAUAUCGAGAGAUGUCGACGGCGACGGAGGUGCUGGAGGCCGCCAGGUGCGAGUGCUGCGGCUUCACGGAGGAGUGCACCCCGGCGUACAUCGCGGCGGUGCGGGCGGAGUACCUGGGCCACUGGGUCUGCGGGCUCUGCGCGGAGGCCGUGGGCGACGAGGUCCGCCGCGCGGGCGCGGGGGUCACCACGGCGGAGGCGCUCGACCGGCAGCGCGCCUUCGCGCGCGCGGCGCCGCGGGCGCCCGGGAGGGCGGCCGAGGACCUCGUGGCCGCCGUGUCGCGCCUGCUCCGCCGCUGCCUCGACUCGCCGCCGGCGUCGCCCGCGCAGGGCCGGAAGGUGGCGGCCGCGGGGACCGCUCAGGAUGCCUGAUUAGAUUGCCCUCUCGGCCGGCAGCCAAGUCAACCUGGAGACUAGCCGGUGGCAUGGGGUAUGGGUGGCGCCAUGCGUUUAGUGUGGAUUUCUGUCUCAAGAAUAAUUUGUGUGUUGUGGUCCAUGAUUGCUCAAGACGGGGGCAGUUCUCUACUUCUCCGUAUGAUCGAGCAUGAAGUUUUUAUGUGUGUAUGUAGUCCUAGCAUUUGGAAUAUUGCUCCAUUAGUUCAGGUCCUUCGGAACUUCAGGCUUCGUCUAGCUCGGCGACUCUGUACAAGGCAUUGGCAUUGUACUUCUAGCUGGAGUAGUAAGCUUAUAAGUAUAGAUGGAAGGAUAUGCACCGGGUUCUCUUAAUCUAUGGAAGGAAUCUAUGAAUCUUGUUAAGUUUGCCCGUUC